AUGGCUGCCAAUGUUGUGAAUUCAGUAAACACUCGUCCUCGUGUCCUAUCAUUGUAUCGGCGAAUAUUUCGAAUUGCUCGAACUUGGCAGGCAAACACUGGUUCAGUUGAAGAUUCAUCAAGUCAAGCUGAUUAUAUGAAAAAGGAAGCAAGAACUUUAUUUCGUCAAAAUGCACAUAUUACAGAUGAGAUAGAAAUUGAAAAUCAUAUCAAAGAAGCUGAAGCAAGAAUUGAAUUAACUUUACAUUAUGGUACACCAUAUCCACGUUUAAGUAAUUUACCACCAAAUACUUUAGCUGCAUAUAUGAUUACAUCAACGAAGAGAUCAACACCGCCGCCACCAUCAUCAUCAUCUUCGUCUAGUGAAAGUUUUACAACAACAAAUAAUAAUAAUAAUAAUAGUAUGCAUGAAAAGAGGCGAAUAUCACGACGAACUGAACGUGCAUUAUAUGAAUCUGUCCCAUCUUAUUUAAAAUCAUAUUCCUAUAGACCGAAAAAAUGAGAACAAACAAUAUCAUGUCAUAGAUUUUCUUUCUCCUUUUUCGUUAUUUAGAUAGUAAAUCCAAAUGUAUUUUAAUAGAAGUUCUUUUUUUUUCUUGUUUGUCUGUUUAUGUUAUUAUAUUAAUGAAUCAACUUCCUUAUCAGGUACUGAUUUCUAUAUUUUGGGUUUUAAAUCACACUCUAAGUAGGAGUGCUAGUGAUAAUGAUUGACUAACUAAUGUUAAGUACUUUAAACCUGUGACUUAACGAUUGUAAGUUGAAUGUCUCUACAAUUAAACCAUCACUUCACUAUGCUGAUGCAUAAGUUACAAUGAAUAUAUUAAAAAUUAAAAUAUAGUGUAAUGAUGGGAUGACUGUAUUGUAUGUUUUUGUCAUUCACUCUUUGAGUGGUUAUACGUGAUUAUUAAUAAUGAAAUCUAAUCCGUCAUAGACAGCUUAGGAUCUGGUGCUAAUAUGUAUCAAUACAUGUUAUCAUACACAUCAAUGUAACAGAUGAAAAUGAACAACUGGAAGAUCGAACGGAGUCAACAACUUGUAGGUAUUAUUCAUCAGAUUGGUCUUAUUUUGGGAUAAAACUAAAAACACAAUACGCCGGACAGUUUCUUCGUCCUACUAUUG